UCUCUUUUCCACUGUUUUAAACAGUGGCCGGUAUCUGGGAUUCACACAUUCAUUGCAUGUAGUUGGACCCAUGGAGUUGCUGUUUUUUGCUCUAUCUAGUUUUGCCCAUCUCACUAUAAAAGGCAAAGACUGCUAAAAUAAUACUGUAGUCCCACUUCAAGUCAGAAGAAGGCCUUGACAAGAUUCCCACCUCGAAAGAAACGCAUCAAAGGAGUUUGUAAUAUGGAUGAUGAGCGGACUCAGGAGGCAUCACGGGAUAUAGGGAAGGACCUUGAAUUAAGUCCCCCACAGCCACAACAAAAAACAUCAUCUUGGUGGGUUCCUCAAUUUAAUCGUGUUGAGUUAGCUCCGCUGCCUGAUCCUUGUUUGGUUUCUGCUUCAACUCAACAAGCAGACUAUCUUGUCGAUGCCCCAACUAAACAUAUGUUAUCGGCAAAUACAAGCCUCGAUCCUUUAUCAUCAGGCGCCGAUUGCACAAGGACUGAUAAUCUGAAAAGGAAGGAAAAGUGCGAGUAUCCAAGCCCUCAUGAGGAUUCCGAUGGCAUUUGCAUGGAGAAAAAAGAGGAGUCACCGUCAGGAAAAAAAUUAAAGAUCUUCCGUGAAACCCACAAUCUCUCCGAGAGGAAUCGAAGAGCCAAGAUCAGCCAACAGUUUCAGAAAUUACAAAAACUCAUCCCGCCAGGCAAUACGGCUAGUCAAGCUUCGAUACUGGACCGAACAGUUACUUACAUAAAAUCAGUUAAAGGGCUGCUACAGAUGUUAUCGACGAUGUCUCCGGAGAACGCCGAGGCUAUUCAACAAUUUUACUCUUCCAAGUUCGGCUGAUCAAUGAACAAGCCAUAUUAUUACAGAUCAGCUCCUGCCUGGCUGCCUCCUCUUAUUAUAAUAUAAUAUAAAUAUGUGAUAUAUUAAAGAAAUGUAAUUUUAUUUUGGACUGGUCACACGGGUAGUCCUAGUACUACUAAGAGUACUACUUAGUAACAUAUGUAAAUCCAUGUAUUGUGUAUGAACAUGGUCUCUCUUUAGUGGAGGAUCAUGUUUCUAAUGUUAUUGCAGUGUAACUGUAA